UUUAGAAAGACACAUCUUACUAUAUAAAACAUUACUAUUUUUCAAAGGAAAUGUCAAACUCAUAAGUUUGACAAUUUUAUGGCAAAAUAAAACGAAAACACAAAUAGACAAACAACGGUAUACAAUUUUUUUUAAAGAAAACUGAAAACUGGACAAAACAACCUAUUAUCCUAUGCUACCCAAUGAUAAUCAUAAUUUUUAAAAUCACAUUCGCGGAAAAAAGAUAGUUUUGUGUAACGAUUAUUGGAAUAUAUCCGUCACCAUAUGUGCAACGAAUCCAGUCAAACAACUUGUGAUGACGAGCAUCCUUUCACUUCAAUAAUAUAUAAUACAAAACAAGCUGUGUCAAUAAAUAUAUAUCAUUUAAAUGCCUGAUUGGUCUUUACUGUAAGAAAUAUACAAUGAUCACGUUGUUUGUUAUUAAAGUCGAUGGUGACUGGAGUGGAUGGUCUUUCUGGAAUAUCUGCAGUGCGACAUGUGACGGUGGAAUUCAGGAUAGAAAUCGGAAAUGUGAUGUCCCUCAACCAUCCAAUGGAGGAAUUUACUGCAAAGGAACACUCAAAGAGAGUCGUCCUUGUCACAACCUCGAUUGUGAAAUUAAUAGGCAAUGGGGGACAUGGCAAGAAUGGGAAAUUUGCAAUACUACCUGUGGAAACGGAACUCAACACAGAAGACGAAAAUGUGACAGCCCUUCGCCGUAUUUUAAUGGAUCUGAAUGUAUGGGACUUGAUAUUGACAUCCAACCAUGCUAUCAAGGGAUAUGUCCAGUGUGUUCGUGACCAGCAGUAAACAUGGUAAAGGCUCAAUUGAGUUUUGAACUUACAGAAAGCAACACUGAAAAUCUUCCAGAAUUAAAAGUUACAAAUUAACAAAAUGAUUAUGAUUGCGACGAACCGAAUGACCUGUAUGACACCUGCAAUGAUGAAAGUAUUGUACCUGGUAAUACUCAUAUCACUGCUGAUAAUAUCGAGACCGGUGCUAAUGCUAAAGUGCCAUGUAAUGCUGACAGUGGUGACGACGUAUACGAGAAUCUAAAAAUAGCUUGAAGCUGGUUUUUUUCCACGUACUAAUUUUAAACUUGUAUUGUAGUUGUAAGCCAU